CCCACAACCAGUACCCCCGCCGCAAGCUGCCCGCCACACACCACCCUCACCAGCCUCCCUCAGCCCCCUUUCAGGAUCUCUACCUAAUCUAUGAGCCCCUGGAGGAUGGUGUGCUAGAGCUCCCAGGGCUUAAAGUGCCGCCUCGCCGCAUGCGUAGAAGUGUGCCGCAUGACUUACCUCCCCGCAUGGACACUCACCCGCUAGACUCACCCUCCCCUGACCCUCCUCCUGCCUCAGACGCCUCCACCUCUGAGCCUUCGCCCUCCUCCAUCCUCCCUAUCUCUCAUCCUCCUUCUCCUGGCCUCCACCAUCUACACAUACCCACUUCUGACGCCCCAGAAGCUGACACCUACAGCUCGGACACUACUGACUCACACCCCGCUGACGUUGACUCCUCUACACCAGACUUGCUCCCGUCAGCCACCUCACCUCCUCACAGCUCUCAUCUCCGUCAUUCACACACACUGACGACUCGUGUCCCUCACCCCCAGCCCCACCAGACCACCGACUCAGUACCCAGCUCAGGUAACCCUUCAGGUACUGGCAGUGUUGUUCCUCUGGCUGUGAGUGGUGAAGCCCACCAUCAUGACCCAGCGAGUCGUCCUCCCUCACGCCCCUCGGCCCACCGUGACAUUAUAUCACCGCAAGAAUCUUCAAGGUCUGAGGAAGAUCACUCAAACUCAGGUUCGAGGUUCGCCAAGGUUAAGUUCGUGCCCGAGGUGCGGGUGCCGGUGGGUCACAGUGGGGGGAUAAAAGGUGCUGUGCAAUUUAAGGUUCCUGAAAAGUCUGCAGACCUGCAUGUGUCUGCUGAUGACGCCUCCACUGACAGCCAGGAUAAAAUCUUGCAUGGGAAAUCAGAUCCAGCAGAUGAUGUUUUCGCUCCGGUAAUUGAUGUUGUUGAAUAUUCGGAUCCCGAGAUGGACACUGAGUUGCCUGAGAAAUAUGGCGUCGAUGAUGAUGGUGUCGACGGGGCUGCCUACGAUAGAUCUGAGGAUGACAGCGUUGAUGGCGGCCUUGUGUAUAGUGAUGAUGAUGACGUGACUGCGGGCACUGACGGUGUGGAGGAGGAGCCUGAGGUGGACUACGUGUACGGCGACGACCCAGAGACUGAUGGCGCGCAUAUUGUGGAGUACGAGCAGUUCGACCCCCAAGAGGCUCGUCCCUCACCACACACCGAAUAUCCACAAGCAUACGAGGCCAUCCCCAGCGUCCUGCUGGUAACUAACUCUGGUAAUAACACCACGUUACAGCGGCUACCUGCCUCCCUACCAAACAUUGAUUCACUGGACAUCAUGAUGGGAGAUGAUCCAUCAGUAUACUCGGCUCACACAGUCCCCGACCCACCAGGUAACACUCGGGGCCAGAAGCCUAAACCUCGGGGUAGACCUCUGAGGCCGUGGAUGGCGGCUUUCCCCACCAUGCAGACGGACGUUGCUCGCGACGUAAACUCUGACGCUUCAGAGAAAGGCAGAACUUACUCAAGACGACACAACAUGUUAAGGAGCGACUCAGCACAAGGUACAACACGCUACUUUAGACCAACGGCAGGACCACCACAAGUACUUGUGACUGAGACGACCUCCUCGUCAGUGACUCGUAAGUUGAAGCCAAGGAGGAAGAUGAGUUAUUCCCUGGACACUUGGUUCUCCCGGUACGGGCGAGGUAACAUGUCCAGCACAGAUUCUGUCAUAAAGCUGAUGGAAGGCGACCCAGAACUGCUAGACUCCUCAGACGACACAGAGGGAAGGUUGUUGAGACGGUCAGCAGUUCGAGAUAAACAAGAUUCUCCGAGUUCAUAUUAUGAUCCGAAUGACCCCGAAGGAGGUCCUAUUCCUCAGUCAGGCCCCAAUAGCUACCCGUCUAGGAUCCUGGAGUCCCUGGGUGUACCACACUUCCAGGACGGCGCCAAAACUGACAAUAGAAAAAGUUCCAAGAUGGCAAAAGAUGUGUUUCCACAUAUUUUCGAAUACGACCUCAACGACGACCACGAAGACUACUACUACGACGACGAAGACACCGAGUAUUUAUACUUCGACGACUUCCCGGUAGAGAACCCACGCAGUCAGAAAGAGCCACAGGACUACGAUGAUCAGGAUGAUGAGGACGAGUCAGAUGACGUGAUCCUCAAUGAGGAUGAUGACUUGGGUGAGGCUAAGGCGGGUUACCGAGACCCUCAGAGUGUUGUCACCCUCAACGCUAUGCCACGCAGGCUACAGAUGAGACCCACCACCAGCGCCCCCAUCAGCGAGACCCAGUACCCGCCGGGGCUGAGGGCGUUGUCGCUCACCAGAGAAGAGUUCCAUAUAGCCAUGCCGGGUCCUCAGGUCAGGACCCUUCCCAAUGGCCAGGAGGAGGUAGUGGAGAUAGAGGUAGUACCGCUUCCUUCCAGGGAAGGUUCUUACAGUUCCUUGGACACAGGACCCGAUUAUUCCGCAACACAUGACAGAUACGGCAAGAGAGUGACUACGACUACCGAGGAGGUUAAAACUACUGCUGAUGUGACUUCACCACCAUCCCCGCCCCCCACCCCCACCACCACCAGGGUGCCCUCCACACUGCGACCUGGUCCUUCACCCUCCCACAUAAAAGCUUCAGUUCCCCUUCAGGUGGCGAAAUUCUUGCCCACACGAUACCCGCCACCGGACUCGAGGAAUUUCAAUGCAGCUGCCCUUGAGAACAACCAGCAACAGUCUUCUCUCAGGGGUGAAUUCAGUAAAAUUCCCAAAUUCCUCAUGCACAAGACGGAACAAAAUUCAGCCUCACCUCGGGCCCCAGCCAGCGGUCACUAUACCAAGACGACAGAGGCUCCAAUGGUCGAUACAGUGGCUGCUGCAAGAGUGUCACCAGCGACCCCUCAUGCACCGUCUGGCUCGCUCACUGAUCAUCGACACCAAGUGAAUGUAAACCAGACUGUGAGCGAUACCACAUCCGUAAACAAGGAAGCUGCGUCUGUAGGUGGCUGGAGCUCAGGAGGUUAUCAGACUCGAGUAAAUGACCACGUUGGCACACAGGACAGGAAACAAGACACUGAAGAUGGUGAAGAUUUUAAUCCAAUAUUCUUGUCAGAGAAACACUUCGCGAGCCCUUCUACACGGGGCAAGGAUAUCCGCUCCCUGGAGGGUCACUCAGUACGUGUUAGUCAUACAAACGCAUCAGCUGACGUGAGGCGCACCAUCCCCAGUCACUCACGACACUCAAAUCGAGUAACUGUGAACAUUUCCAUAGGCACAGAGGACGAAGCUGGAGCGUCUGGUGGGUCGAGCUCAUCCAAGAGGCCUCUGUAUGUCUUCUCGGUCUCGGUGCCCACCUCUGGGAAAGACCAACAGGCGGACAUCACCUUCGUGGAGCCAGUCGACCAACAGCAGCUUGCCUCUGUGUCUCUCUCAGUUCAUGGUAACAGUACACAUAACAUUCAACAGCCUACAAGAGUCAACAGCUUCCCUCCCCUAAGCCUCGCCAGCCCUCUAGUGGCUGUUGACACCAGUGAGCCAGGCGGGUGUAACUGUCCGUGCCCGUGUGAUAGUAACAACGCAAACACUAACAGCAUCCCGAUCCCUUCUGACUUUCUCCCUGACGCAAACUCGACUACUAACGACUCUGACUCUCAACCUACAGUACCUAAUGGUUGUGUCGUAGAGGCGACUCCCUCACCCACACUCCCGCCAGAGGUAGUUCAGGAAAUGGAAGACCACAAGAAUCGUCCUCAGAAGACCAUACCACCCGACGGCACCACUUUUAAAAUGAUGGAACUUGGGGAACAGCUCAUGGACGUCAUCCCUCCCUAUGGCUACUGGAACAUGCAGUUUUACCAGUCUGAGUCCGCCUAUGUCAGGUUUGAUGUGUCCAUACCGAGGGGGUCUUCUAUAGGCGUGUACGGCCGAAGGAACGCCCUCCCUACCCACACCUCCUAUGACUUCCUCCAGGUGCUGUCGGGAUACAAGACAGCGUCAGGUCGCACCACCAGAGCCUCCAAGGCACCAUCACAGCCGCAGACGAUGACCAAGUACCUGGAGCAAGGUCACUGGUUCCUCAGCCUCUACAACGACGACGGAGAUCCACAGGAGGUGUCGCUGACGGGGGAUGUGUCUUCAGAGUUCACGGAGGGGUGUCCUAGAGGGUGUUCAGGCAAUGGUGACUGUAUCCUCGGGUCCUGCCAGUGUCACCCGAGCUUCGCUGGUCCCGACUGUACCCAGAUGAUGUGCCCGGUACUGUGCUCUGGCAACGGGGAGUACCGGGAUGGAGAAUGUAUCUGCAGACCGGGAUGGAAGGGCCGGGAGUGCAGUAUUCGCCAUGAUGAGUGUGAGGUGCCAGAUUGUAAUGGUCACGGGCAAUGUGUUGACGGUCGGUGCCACUGUGCCAAGGGCUUCAAGGGCGAGUUCUGUGAGGAAGAUGACUGCCCGCACCCUACGUGUUCGGGCCACGGCUGGUGUGUGUCAGGCAAGUGUGUGUGCCAGAGAGGAUGGCGGGGCGCAGACUGUGGCAGCACGGACGAUGCCGCCCUCCAGUGCCUCCCGGACUGUAACGGACACGGACAGUUCGACCUUGAGAGUCACCAGUGUAUCUGUGAGCCGGAGUGGACCGACUCUGAGUGUGGCACGCGUGUAUGUGGGCUGGACUGUGGACCACAUGGCAGGUGUGAGGGCGGCGCCUGCCUCUGUUCCCCGGGCUGGACAGGUGACCGCUGUAACCUAAUGACCUGUGACCCCAGGUGUGAGGAACAUGGCCAGUGUAAGAACGGCACCUGUAUCUGCAUGACUGGAUGGAACGGCCGUCACUGUACCCUGGCCGGCUGUCUCAAUGACUGCUCGGGUAACGGAGCCUGCCGUAUGGAGAAUGAAGAAUGGGUCUGUCGGUGUGAGACUGGCUGGGAAGGAAACGACUGUUCCGUCAUGUUGGAGAACAACUGCGACGAUAACAAGGAUAAUGAUGAUGAUGGACUGGUGGACUGUGCUGACGCCGAGUGCUGCUCACAACCCACCUGCGACGGCUCUCCUCUCUGCCUCACCUCUCACAACCCCAUCGAUAUUCUCCUGAGGAAGCAGCCACCCGCCGUCACCGCCUCCUUCUUCCAGCGGAUGAGGUUCAUAGUUGAAGAAGGAUCCGUCCAGAACUAUGCUGGCGGUUCUGCCUUCAAUGGCAGCAUGCACAGGAUUUUCAUAAAUGAGAGCCGUGCCUCAGUUGUUCGUGGACGUGUCAUCAGUGGACGAGGAACUGGCUUGCUAGGCGUUCGAGUCUCGCACUACCGGCCAGCAGACACGGGCUUCACACUUACACGUCCUGGGGGAUGGUUUGAUCUCAUGGUCAAUGGAGGAGGUGCUGUGAGAUUGCUCUUUGGCAAGUCACCAUUUUUACCUGUCACCGAGACCGUCUGGGUACCUUGGAAUGAGAUUGUUGUUACAAACACGAUUGUCAUGACAAUGGCGGAUAUUGUACCACCCCCGCUACCAACACCCUGUCCAGACCACAACUACGAUGCUCUCAAGCCUGUUGUUCUCGCCACAUGGAAACACGGUUUCCAGGGAGGCUGCCCUGAAUGUUCAGCCAUCUUGACAGAGUCUCAAGUGGUGCAAGAGAGUCUUGACAUCCCUGGCACUGGACUCCACCUGGUGUAUCAUUCUUCCAGGGCCCUGGGGUAUGAAUCCACCAUCCAACUGCAGCUAACACCCUCCGUCAUCCCCGAGACCCUGCGCAGGAUACAUCUCAGGAUCACCAUCGAAGGAAUCCUCUUUGAAAAAACUUUUGAAGCCGACCCAGAUAUAAAGUUUACUUAUGCAUGGAACCGUCUCAAUGUGUACAGACAGCGUGUAUAUGGUGUCACAUGGGCCGUUGUGAAGGUCGGGUUCGCAUACAGUAAUUGUGAUCAAAUAAUAUGGGAUGCACAAACCACCCAAGUGUCUGGACAUGACAUGAGCAUCUCCUAUAUUGGUAGCUGGGACCUCUCUAUACACCACAGAUACAAUUUCCAUGAAGGCAUUCUACAAAAGGGUGAUGGCCGUAAUAUGCAUCUGAAGCAGAAGCCACGAGUCUUGCAAACAUUAAUGGGAGACGGUCAUCAAAGAGAAGUGUCGUGCAGAUCUUGUGAUGGUCCUGCAGACAAGCAACGCCUUCUGACUCCAGCAGCUCUGGCCUCGGGUCCUGAUGGAUCACUCUACAUCGCAGACUUUAACUUGAUUAGACGUGUUUUGCCAGAUAACACAGUGAAGACUAUGGUUAGGCUGAAUGAGACCAGAGUGUCCUACCGCUACCACCUGGCCGUCAGCCCCGUCACCGGUGAUGUUUUCAUUAGUGACCACGAGGCCCAUCUCAUCUUGAAGGUUCGGGACCCAGAUGACUUCUCUAGACCCGAGGAAAACUACAUGCCUUUUGUGGGGUCCGGAGAGAGGUGUCUACCCGGCGAUGAAGUUGGCUGCGGCGAUAACUUCCCUGCCCGUGAUGCUAAACUCCAGUAUCCAAAAGGAAUGGCUCUGUCCUUUAACGACGUUCUCUACUUUGCCGACGGUACCAACGUUCGUGCCGUAGACUCUGACGGGAUCAUUAAUACUGUGAUUGGCACUCAUCGACAUCGAGCACACUGGCGGCCGCUACCAUGCGAAGGGACCGUUCCCGUGUCUGAAGUCAGUUUACGUUGGCCCACUGCCUUAGCGGUCAGCCCAUUAGACGAUUCUCUAUAUGUAUUGGACGAUCAUCACGUGCUACGGCUAACUCACGAUGGGCAGGUGAAAGUGGUGGCCGGCAGACCUCUCCACUGUCCUCCCCUGGGCCACGAUGUACCUUCUGAUCUUGCAGCUCACACCACUCUACGUUCUCCUCAGAGUCUUACUUUUGCUCCUAAUGGAGACCUGUACAUUGCAGAGAGUGACAACGAACGCAUCAACCGUGUCCGUGUAAUUGAAACAGACGAACGGAUUCACGACUUUGCCGGUGCCGAUUCAAAAUGUAAUUGUCAAGAGGAAAGUUGUCUUUGUUUUGAUGCAUCUCAUGUAUUGGCUGCUACAGCUGUGUUCUCGACCAUUUCGGCACUUGCGGUGACCCCGGACGGCACCGUGCACGUGUUGGAUCAAGGAAAUCUACGAAUUCGUUCUGUGACCUCCUCUAUCCCAGAGCCAAAUGCACAGCGUCAAUAUGAGAUUUACUCUCCAGAAACACAGGAGGUAUACAUCUUCAACAGAUUUGGUCAUCACGAAGAGACCCGCAGCAUUCCCACGGGACGCACCAUCUACGUAUUUGCUUACACUGUUAAUACCAGCAAUGGUAAAUUGUCCACUGUCAACGAUGCCAGUGGAAACCGCUUGUCUUUCCUCCGUGACUACACCGGAGGAGUGACCAUGAUAGAAAACUCGCGCCAGCAGAAAUGUCGGCUGCACAUGACAAGACAACGCCACUUAGAGAGGUUAGUGACACCCGAUAAACAUAAUGUGACCUUGACAUAUCAUGGCGCCACCGGUCUAUUACGAUCACGGAUGGAUUCUACGGGUCGCGCUCACGUCUACACUUAUGACACCUACGGCCGUCUGACCCGCACAGUUACACCUUCAGGUCAGGUCAUAGACCUGGCAUUCGACUUGAGUCAAAAAGGCGCUCGAGUGACUGUGACUCACGAUGGGUCUGCACCAGUCACCAUGCUCAUCAAGGGAGCACUUGUGACACAGACCAUUGGUUCAGCCUCAAGAGUUACUGCCCAGCUUCCCGAUGGAUCGGUCGUGACACGCACACCCUGGGGUCAUCACAUUGCCACAGAGACAGUCCCAUACACACUCCUACAAGAUCACACCCUCUCCCACUUGUUCCCCGUGUCUGGCAGGCAGCGUACAGAAAUAGGAGACGAGCUUGUCAAUAGCUUUGAUUGGAAAUACUUUGUGGAAACUGGUGAUCAAAAUGGACCAGUGACACAGGUGGGCAGGAAGAUGAGAGUGAAUGGUGAAGACUUGUUGACCUUUAAGUAUGAUCUCUACACUGGAACUGAGGCUGUUCUGAAUGAAGUGGGUGCCACUCUUCUCAACGUAUCAUAUGAUCCUCUCGGACGACCUCAGCGCUGGACCCCUGCUCAACCUUUCCUGCCCGUAGAAAUGGAAUACAAUAGGUUUGGUCAGCUUAAUCAUUGGUCAUGGGGCGACAUGAAAGAAAAAUAUUCCUAUGACCGCACUGGAAGAUUUGAGGGAGUAACUUAUGCAGAUGGCUCCAAGGUCAUGUACUCCUUCAAGGAUAUAUCUAGUGGCAAGCCAUAUAAAGUGAGUGUGUCGUCUGGUGCUGAACACCUCCUCGAGCAUGAUGAGGGUGGAGCCUUAUCUGCUGUAACAACUCCACGAGGCCACAAGUAUGCCUUCCACGUCCAGCCGUCACUUCUGCACAAUCGUUUCACCUUUACACCACCCGGAUCACCUCGUCAUCCAUACCAGCUAUUCUACAGCGACGAUGGUCGAAAACUAGCAGAAAUAUUACCUCAUCAAGCUAACCGUGUUAUUUACCACUACGACGAAAGCGGACGCUUGCACUUACAGCUUUUCGGCGAUGGAUCGGUCGAAUAUGGAUAUCACGUAGAAACUGGACUUUUGCGAACGGUGUGUGUCAGAGAAAGAGGAUUUGAGCUGCGCAGUGACAAUAAAUAUCACGCAGGACUGGUCAAGGAUCAGCGAGUUAGAUUUGGGCCAAAUUCUGGUUUAGAUUCUGCAAAAUUGAGAUUCUUAUAUGAUGGAAAUGCUCGACCAAGAAGAGUCGAGGUAGAAAUCAAUGGGAAGGAACAACCAGAUUAUGAUAUGAAAUAUGAUGUGAUAUUAGGUACCUUAGAUAGUGUAGGAGACUUGAAAGUGACCUCUUCAUAUCACAAUAAAACAGUCGUCCAAGAUGUCCGUAGAACAAUGCUACGAGUGACAGGCUACGAUCCGCAUGGACGUAUUGUCGAAGCGGCCUUAACCUUGCGCAGUCGCUUGGUACACCAGAGGAAAUAUAGCUACGACAGUCGUGGAAGACUUGCAACGAUGUCAUCUAGGCGAGGACCUGGUUCAACCGAGAUCCUCACGAAUUAUACCUACACAGCUGACGGGUUCUUACAGGCCGUGGACGGAGAAGAGUCCUGGCAGUUCCGUUACGAUAAAAAUGGAAACAUGAUUGCCGUCGUCGAGGGCGGGAGAGAAAUGACGGCUACAUAUGACGGGGCAGAUAGACUGGUCGGCUGGGGUGAUGUCGAACUAAACACCUAUUCCCCAGGGGGUACAGUGGUGAGGCAGGGUGAGGUCCAUCUUUCAUACAGUGCUCGUGGAAAUCUGAAGUCUGCGUGGCAACAGGGACAGUACAAAGUCUGGUGCAGACAUGACCAUCGGGGACGACUCGCAGUGUGGGAAGAUGACCAUGGCAAUGUUACCCAGUUCUUCUAUGCAGACUUGCUCCGGCCAAAUCUUCCCACCCACAUACACUACCCGAAGACAGGCGAAACACAUUCCUUAGAAUAUGACGAGCGAGGUCAUCUCAUGGCUCUACACACGGGAAGACAUCAACUCUGGGUCUCCACAGAUCAUCUUGGAUCACCAGUAGCUGUGUUUGAUGACUCAGGAGUUUUGAAAAAAGAAAUUGUAAGAUCUCCCUGGGGUGCCACUCUCAGUGACUCAAAGCCCGAUCUUCUCUUGCACGUGGACUUCCAAGGUGGUCUUCGUGAUCCUGUAACAGGGUUCCUGAUCUUUGGCCUACAUACUUAUGAUCCCGUUCAUGCUCAGUGGAUGGCACCACGGUACGACAUGGUAACCAGUGCUCCCAGCCACGUGGGUGCCAUUUAUGUCCACCGCUUCCGUGAUAACGACCCCGUUAAUCUCAUCACCCACCAGUCUCGACAUUACACGGAUUUGGACAGCUGGCUAAAACUGUUUGGAGUUGAUUUGUCCAAGAUGUUAGGCUCCAGUUACCAUGAUGAGACUGUGGAAAAACAAAGAGUUGGACUGUUAAAAGCUUCUCAAUUAAAACCAUCUCUCAGUGUUAUAUCAGGCUUGUCCUGCUCCACAGAAAGUGUACUUAGAGAGUUUUCAAGACCAUCUCUUCUACCGUUGUCCCUCGUAAGAUCAGAUGCCUCGGCGUCAGCAAUUCCUGGCUGGGCAGCACUUAGGAGAUUUUCAUCGUCGCCACCAGUUUUGGGCCCGGGAGUGUUGGUGUCUCGGGUGAACGGUAGGGCAUUAGUCAGUUUGGUGCCAUCAAAAGAAAAUCCUGUGGUACAAGAUGUAGCCAGGGAUGUUCUUAAUGGCUCAGCCUUACUAGAUGUGACCCUCACUCACCAUCACCACCAUACACUUUAUUUAGUCAAGGAAAAUGCCGAACUUCGCCACGACGAUUUACAACAACUUCAGCGAUUAAGCGGCCGUUUCAACGUGUCGGCUAAAGACAACGGAGAGCACCACGAAAUAAGAGUGGUGGGCAGUGACGUAUCUCUGGUAUUGUUAUAUGGCAUUGAUCCACCCAGUGCCCGUCACCGCCUCUUGCGUCACGCCCAUCGUCGGGCUGUCGACCGCGCAUGGGAAAAUGAGCGCCUCUUAGUGGAGCGUGGGUCUCCCACUUCCCAUGAAUGGACAGUGGAAGAACGCGUUGAGCUCGAGAGUAAGGGAACUGUGGCAGGAUACGUGGCAGCCGAUAUGCACUCCAUUCAUCGGUAUCCACUGCUGGCCGAUGACCCCACCAAUGUGGUGUUUCGACGAGACACCGGACGGCGGCGACGACGUAGCCAAGUGGGCACUCACUCGUGAUCCCCGGGGCUGGGCGCGGCCCUUGUACAUACCGCUGUAUAGUGUAGCGCUGUGAACCUGUACACACUGUACAAACAGGGUAUUUCUCACACAUUGUACACAACUCUCCGAGCCGGAGAAUAAUCCUCACAUGUGAUAGAGGCAGACUGUGCGGUGCAGGCCAUUGUGUCAGUAACUGGAGCUGCUGGGGUGAGUCAAUGUGGGUACCAAUAUGGUGCCAAGGACCACUUGGUGAAUGGGGCACAGCCGAUUUCUUAUGCCCCAUAAGCAGCCCUGGAGCACUUCAUUGCUGGCCUUUGUAUAUAGUGCAAGCCUAGCGGUAUUUUGUAUUACCGCCAAGAUAGUCGAGGUUCUGCAUUGGUAUAUAAUUUUGCUGCUUAACAUUCCACCAUGAAUUAUGUACUCCUAUGGACAGACAAGUAUGCAAAGUUGGUGUGAAGCACAGAGACAGCAAGACAUAUAUAUUUUGUACGUUUUUGUUACAAUCAUGUCCAUUAUUUAGAGAUACUUAAUGCCUAUUUCCAUUUGAAUGUGUCCCGUGUCCUAGCGAGAUGUCUUAUGGUGUGAGGCAAGGGCUGGAACUUCCACUAAAAAUAAUGACUGAAUUUUUUAUAGAAUAAAUGAACAUACUGUUGACAUGCUGUAUAUAUAUAUAAUAGAAUAUUAAGAAUUAUUCAAGUAUUUAUGCAUGUGUACAUUUUGACCUUCCCUGCACAGUAGGAAUCAAACUUUUUUAUUGAAAAAGUCUCCGGCUCUACCCUCUUAUUUUUAAUUAAAAUAAAUGCAGCAAUUAUGAGGCUAAAAAAAGAUUGCAUUAAAGUUCAUUUUCUCCUUCUAGCAUAUAGAAAGUGAGCUCUAAUGACAGGCUCGUUGUUACUGGUCGAGUCACUAUAAGACAUCCCGCCCGAACUGCAAUAAUUAAGCGAACAUUGAGGUCCAGAUGCGUGGCGUUUCUCUGUUUUCUGGUCCAUAUGACGUGUAGCUGGCAAUAUUAGUGAUUCAUUGUUGUUUCUCAUGUUUAAGGUAAGCUCAUGUGGGUUGGUUGGUUAUCUGCUGUGACAAGCCACUAGUUUGAAUGUCUGAUUGAUAUUAGUAAUAUUUAAAUACAUUUAUUUUCAAGAUAGCAUCUCUCAACAAAGGAAUUAUUUUCCUCGGUAAAAAAAAAUCAAAAUCUCAUCAUUGCAGCAGAAUCAUUUUUGUAUAAUGUCAUAAUGUUCACCCAAAAAAAAAUAGCACAAUUCAAAAUUUAAUGAUUUCAUAAACUUGACAACCCAACUUUGCUAGAAGAUUGUGAAUGAUAACUUGUUAUGGCAUGAGCAAUAUUUCUAGAGAAAGAUGAUUCAUAAAUCCUGCAGACAAAAUUAACUUCAAGCAUUAGUCUUAUACAUAAAAAAUAAUCAACAUAAAUCUUAGGGAACAUUGUAUAUGCAGGAGGUUAUCAUUCAUCUCAAUAUAUUUUCACUACCCGAGAGAAACCGUCUACCAAGAAGUACAGUACUUAUCCAGUUAUGUCAAAUGAUCACUCAACAUAUUUCCCUUGAAAUUGGUGGAUGCAGAGUGGAUUUUAGUCCAGACUACAUUGAGCUCACCCUAGUUACAGUCACAAGAUUGGUGCUUUAUUUCUUAGUGUUUAGACUACUUCUGUUGUCUCAAGUGAUACAGAGUAGUAGUAUUGGUUGACUUUGUUGGUGCUUUUUAUUUAUUUACUUGAAUCUUGGGUGGUAUAAGCUCUAAAUUUAUUUUACUUAAUUUGCACAUUAGUACAGCUUGGCGCAACCAACAUAUCAAGACACUGUAGAUUAGGCUAUAUGUUCAUGUGCCAUAGAGUUCACAUUGGUUGCUUGUGCCAAGAAUUAAAAUUGGGGGUAUGUUUUGUACAGGCAUGUCAAGAGAUGAAUGUUAGAUUAGCCAAAGAUGUGAAUGAUGUUGAAUUACUAUAUUCUCGUGCCCUCCCAUCUACCUGCGAUAUCUACAAAGUUAUGCAUAGCCAGGUCUAUUUCUCUCUACAGGACAGUGUGGUUUGUACAUUAAAAGGGAGAUAUUUCAAUCUCGUUGUUUGUCUUCUUUCAUGUUGACUUCUUCAUCCAUGUAUAGAUUUUUAUUUUUUUUUUAAAUAUUUCCCUCUCCCAUUCAAUAUGCCUCACUCUCCUAACUUUAGAAUAUUUCAUGUCUUAACAAAUUGUCUCUUCUGUAUAGUUAAAUGCAUUAUUAAUUGCAAUGCCAAGCAAAUAAGGGUCCUAAAACACUCAUCACAUAUUAUAAUAAAAUGACAAGUCCACACACAUUCACACACACAGCAGUACACACACGUCUUUGGUAACAAAACUGUUCCUACAAGUUCUGUCGGAAGAAAAAUUUUGCAGCACACAUACGAGGGUUGCAUUAUUAUGUAAUCAUUCUAAGAUCAUUUAGUGGACAGUAUCUCAAAAAAAUAUCUGCCAGGAUGGGUCCGAUGACUUCUGAAAAGCUACAUGCAACUCAUGAUGUCCCGGGAUGGUUGGUAUGCGUGGCUCUGUGGCAUACUGAUCCUACUACAUUUGGUAACUGAACAUCAUAUUAAUUAUGCUGAAAUAAAUACACUUUGCAUUACUUGUGUUAAACCAUUGUAUAUAUCAAAGUAAAUGUGUGUCCCAAUACAGUAUCUUUCAUCCACGGCCUCAUAAUGUUUCACACAGAGUGUGGACAGAUAAUUUUUUGAGAUACUGUACAUGCAUUACCGUGUAUUGCAUUAAUAGGAAUUAUACCUGUCAUACACAAGAACUCACAUGAAAUAGUUCCACAUUAAAUGGCCAUAAGAAUUGGUUCCAUUGACCUCAGUCUUGUUUCUCCUCUAGACUUCUCCAGACUCAGUCGUCCAGAAUUUAGAAAUAUUUAGAUAAUCUAGUGUUAAACUGCAAAAGCGAUGUUAUUUUAUGAAAGGAGAGGUAGAUAGUUGCACACAAGCUCUUGCAAGAAAGAUUAUGUUUUAUAUAGUAAUUAUGUAUAAAAUACUUUUAGUCCCAUGAUUUAUCAAACCAUGGUGUUAUUUUGUCCAGAUCCCUGAAGUCAUAUAUUUUGUGGGAUUUUUUAAACUGCAAUAUUUAGAUAUUUUACUUACUAUAUAUAGGGAGUAUUGUGCAACAUUGGGCAUUAUUAUUAUUAUUCAUUAUUAAUAUAUACAUAGAGAUCAGUGAAUGAAAAAACAAAUGUAUGUACUUUUGUCUUUCCCACACAAUCUUUAAAUUUGUAGUCUAAUAAGUGUUGAGCGAUGCUAUGUUUGUACCGUACAAGCCCACAACGUGGGCUCCCGCGAUUAAUGUUAUUGUAAACAAGAGAGAUUAUGUGCACGGGGACUGCAGGUCUCCGCUAAAAUAAAAUAUGGCGUAAAAA